AGGCUGAUGUUACAACAACAGUAGCUGACACAACUACAGUGGCUGACGCAACUACGGCAGAUACUACAGCAGCUGAUGCUACAACUACAGUGGCUGACACAACUACAGCUGAUGCUACAACAACAGUUGCUGAUGCAACAACGGCUGAUGUUACAACAACAGUAGCUGACACAACUACAGUGGCUGACGCAACUACGGCAGAUACUACAGCAACAACGGCUGAUGUUACAACAGCAGUUGCUGACACAACUACAGUGGCUGACGCAACUACGGCAGAUACUACAGCAGCUGAUGCUACAAGUACAGUGGCUGACACAACUACAGCUGAUGCUACAACAACAGUUGCUGAUGCAACAACGGCUGAUGUUACAACAACAGUAGCUGACACAACUACAGUGGCUGACGCAACUACGGCAGAUACUACAGCAGCUGAUGCUACAACUACAGUGGCUGACACAACUACAGCUGAUGCUACAACAGCAGUUUCUGAUGCAACAACGGCUCAUGUUACAACAACAGUAGCUGAUACAACUACAGUGGCUGACGCAACUACGGCAGAUACUAC